ACUACAUAUUCAUUCAUAUUCCACACUUCAUCAUCAUCAUCCACUACACUUUUUUACUUGCUUUCCAUUUUCUGUAACGUAUAUUCAAUUCACUUUAUCAACAAUCACACAUCAACUUCAAUCGGUUAUCAUCAUCUAAAAUAUGUAGAAAAAAUAAGAGAAAUGUUGAAAGUCGAAAAGGAGCUUAAGGAUUUUGAAUUUGAAUCACCUCGUCGAGAUUUGCUUCAUUUGUGUCUUUCUUCGCCUAAUUGUAAUAGCGACACUUGUUUUCUGGAAUCAACACCUGUUACAGGGAACAGAAAAUCUCAAAUUAGCUUCACAAAGAGAUUAUGGACAGAGGAAGAGGAUAAUCUUUUGAUUGAGACAGUCAAGAAGCAUGAUGGAAGCAACUGGAAAAAUAUAGCUGCGUACCUUCCUGGGCGAACUGACGUCCAAUGCUUCCGUCAUUGGCAAAAGGUUUCAAAUCCUGAUCUUGUAAAGAGAACAUGGACAAAGGAGGAAGACGAGUCCCUAAUUGAACUAGUAAGAAAGUAUGGUUUCAAGAGAUGGUCUUUUAUUGCGAAAUCCAUGCCGGGUCGUAUUGGAAAGCAAUGUCGAGAGAGGUGGCAUAAUCACCUUGAUCCGACUAUAAAAAAAGAUUCUUGGUCGGAGGAGGAGGAAUCAAUACUUGCUCAUUAUUACCAAAUACAUGGCAGUAAAUGGUCAGAAAUUGCUAGGGUUCUUCCUGGAAGGAGUGACAAUGCUAUAAAAAAUCAUUGGAACUGCUCAAUGAAGAAGAAGUCGUCUGCAUCACCAAUUAGGUGUGACAUGAAUGUUACCACUUCCAGUUUCUGCACUUCUUUAAUAAAGCCAUCACAUGAUUUUGUUAAAGCUGAAGAACGAAGUAUAAUUGGAAUUGUUUCUCCCAAGCAAAGUCACUGGUUGAUACACAAUGCUGAUAACAGUUUUGGUUUGGCAACUCCUAGGGCCUCAGGACAAGGUGAAAGAAGAUUGUUUGAUUUACCAAAUGAAAUGGAAACAGUUAUGAGUUGCAAAGACCAUGGCAACCCUAUGUUGUUUGAUACGAAUAUGAAUGGUUUCCCUUCUUCCGGGACUGUUACUAAUCAGUCCUAUAAUUCUCCCAAAUGGCAAAAGGUUUCUUUUACAGAUUCAAAGUUUAUUGCUGGUAAUGAAUCUGAUAGUUCCCAUUUGAGCUACUUAAAAUUGGUUAAUCAUGAGAAGAAAGUUUAUGUUGGAAGGGAAAACAAUAGCGAAAGCGAUGUGAGCCCAGAAUGUGUACUAAGAAACUUAGCAAUGACCUAUGAGAACAUUCCUUCUAUUAUAAGGAAAAGAAGUUCUAGGAAGGAAUGUAAUGCUGCCAAUUAUGGCAAGUCCCAAACACCAUCUAGAAUUGGCUUAAGAUAAUUUAAAUCUCAACCAAGGGUUUGUUCCAUUCCUUCCUAAACAUGGAAUGGAAUGAUGACUAUGCUUGUAAUAUUUGAUAUAUAAACCCUUAAAGAAAUAGAAUAGGCUUUGUUUCGAUUGAUUAAGAAAGUAAAAGAAAUGAGAUCAUUUUUUAUGAA